UGCAGUUGUUUACUACUUUGUGUUUCAGCCUCUCACUGAAACACACACCCACCUCCAGCACUAUUUAUAGCUCUGUGAGUCCGGAGCUGUUUGAUGGGUCUUAAAGUUAAACUGUAAAAGUGUCGCCCCGCCUUUACCCAUAAUCCUCUGUGAUACUGGCUAAAGCCACCAAAACCAGCUCCACAAAAAGCUGCACAUCGCUAAAGCUGACCCGAUCAGAUCCGCAUUUUCCCCUCCGGUGGAGCGGAACGGGGAUGGGUGUAGGGCUGGAUUAGUUGUGAUUGUGGAAGCUGCAGCAACAGUCGGAAUUGGGAGGAGUUGGUUUUGCUUUCAGCCAAACUGCUGAAUAGUGCCGUUCGGGUUUGUUUUGACGACCAAAUAUAGAGCGGGCUGCAUCUAUUCUCUGCAGAUUACAGAUAAAGAUAGACGCAGUUAUGAAAUACCACAAGGGGCAGGACUGGAAUCCUGGGGGGGGCGAUGCCUGGGGGAGGUGAGGUUUCUUGGGAUUUUAUCCUCGCUGAUUAAUCCGCUGAUGAGAAGAGGAAAGGGCCAUGAAGUGGACUCCUGCAUUUCCUUGGUUUCUUCAUCUCCACAAUGAAGUUCUUGUGUGCUACUGUCUGAGACAAGCCGCAGAAAUGCUUUGGCGCAGGAGCCGGAGACGUCAUGGAUUCCUGAGAGUGGGGCUUUGCAGGAAAGCCCUGAGUCUCUGACAUGGACCGGCUCCAGGUUUCCAUGGCAAAGGCGCACAAACAGGAGGAAACACUGAGGGAAUCCCGUUAUUUUACAGCGCUGGACCAUUAUAAACACCCAGAGCGGGGAAGGAAGCCGCUCUUGAUGCGAGUAAUCCUUAUAGAGCUCGAGGAAGAGGGACCUCAUACCAGAACCGCGGCUGAGCUGAUGCAGACGCAUGUUUUUGGGGGCUGAAGGGAGUUUGCGCAGAGCUCAAACUUUUCUCCGACUUCUUUUCUUUAAUCGUUUAAACUUAACAGAUUUUCUCUGUUAUGUUUGUUAGAAAGAAUUAGUUUUUCAUUUUUACAUCUUUUUUUUUCUUCCAAAGAUUACUUUCCCCCCCGCACUUCUCCAGAUGUUCAGAGAGACUUGGAGGCUAGCACAGUACCACAUGAUGAGGUCGAUGGAUCAAGAUGACCCUAACCUGGGAUCUCACAAGGUUCUCAGUCCUGAGUCUGAGCAGUCCUUCCCCCUGGAUGGGUCCUCCCCGUACAGGAUCAAGUCCUACAGCCCCUCCUACAACGACCAGACCGAGGGGGUCCUUUCUGGAUUUGACGGGCAGGAGGCCAGAAACUACCUGGACAGCACUCGCCCACCAAGCGUGGCCCUGAGCCCCCGGAUUGAAAUCACUCCCUCCCGCGAGCACUACAGCCAUGGCAGGGACUCCCUGCAGAACCAGCACCUGAACAUCAGCCCCAGACCCACCCUCACCGUCCCGGGCCACGACACCCUCUCCUACCGCGAGCCGCUGUGUUUGAGUCCGGCCAGCAGCAACUCCUCCACCAGCUGGCACUCCGAGAGCUACUCCCCCUGGGCGUCCCCCUGCGUGUCUCCCAGCGGCGGGCAGAACCCCAGCGACCUCUGCCCUCGUCUGCAGAGCAUCCACACUGGCUCCCCCCGCACCUCACCUGGCACCUCCCCCCGCACCAGCCAAACCGAAGACGGCUGUUUGGGGCAGCGCUCGCCCUCCCCCAGGGCUGGCUCCCGCUCCACCUCACCGCAGGGGAAGCGCACCUACGACAUGUACAAGAACCCGGCGUUGGUCCCCGGGCACCGCUCCCGCAGUCCCUCCCCACACAGGGGUCACGAGGAUGCCAACAUAGGGGCCAAUUACACCCACAACAGCCUCUCUGAUGGCAUGAAUGGCUUUGGCUGCGGUCAGCCGAGUCUGGUCCCCACCAAAAUAGUCAAGACAUCCAACCAAGUUUACACUCUGUAUCAGGAGAACCACGGAGACGGGAACUACUUGGUAUCAUGCAAUCAGGACGGGAAAACCAAACCCCCAGCAGAGCCCUUCUUUGUCAUCCCCCAAAUUUGGCCCAAACCCUUGGUCCCUAGCAUCUGCAGUAUCCCCGUGGCCUCUCUCCCCCCGCUGGAAUGGCCCCUUCCGAGUCGCACCGACCAGUACGAGCUGCAAAUGGAGGUGCAACCCAAACCCCACCACAGAGCUCACUACGAGACCGAGGGGAGCAGGGGGGCGGUCAAAGCCCCCAACGGAAGCCAUCCUGUCGUGCAGCUGCACGGCUACAGAGGCAAGGAUCCGCUAGGGCUCCAGAUUUUCAUCGGUACGGCAGACGAGCGCGUCCUCAAGCCUCACGCUUUUUACCAAGUCCACCGGAUCACCGGCAAAACCGUCACCACCACCAGCUUCGAGAAGGUCUUCCACGGCACCAAAAUCCUGGAGAUCCCACUGGAGCCAAAGAACAACAUGAGAGCACUAAUCGACUGUGCUGGGAUCCUGAAGCUCAGGAACGCAGACAUCGAGCUGCGGAAAGGAGAGACGGACGUGGGCCGGAAAAACACCCGGGUUCGCCUUGUGUUUCGGGUUCACAUACCUCAGCCUGGAGGACAACACGUCUCUCUCCAAGUGGCCUCCAACCCCAUUGAGUGCUCCCAGCGCUCUGCACAUGAGCUUCCCAUGGUGGAGAAGCAGGACACGGACAGCUGCUCCGUCCUGGGCGGCCAGCAAAUGAUCUUGACCGGGCAGAACUUCAGCACCGACUCGAAGGUCAUUUUUCUGGAGAAGACUCAGGAUGGCCAGCAGAUCUGGGAAAUGGAAGCAACCAUAGACAAAGAUAAAAGCCAACCUAGCAUGCUGUUUGUAGAGGUGCCCACUUACCGGGACACUUCUGUCUGCCAUUUUGUCAAAGUGAACUUCUACGUCAUUAACGGCAAGCGAAAGCGCAGCCAGCCUCAGCAUUUCACCUACACCCCACUGGCGUGUCCAUCCAUUAAGACGGAGCCAAUAGAUGAGUACGAGGCCGACCACAUGGCCUUCGCAAUGCCCCAUAUCUUGGGGUUAUCUCCUCAGUCAUACUACCAUAACACUCGCGGGGUCCUCCAUCCAGACAACGGCCUGGUUCCUAGCAUGGCAUCCUGCCAGCGUCUAAGUUCUAGCCUCCCAAACCAAGAUGCACUUUUCCGGCAGCAAAGUCCAGCUAUUGUCUACUCUCGUGGUGGAAAAAGUCUGAGUGGGAAUCCUGGCAUUUGGCAAACCGGGGGUGGUGGACCUGACGCCCACCGCUCUGUCCUGGUCCACACAGGCUCACCGGUUCAGCCUGUCGGGCCCCUCAGUACAGGCCAGCACCCCUCUAUCAUCCAGUUCUCCCCGACCAACCACCACAUGGUUCGGCCAGGAGAUGCUGAGACUCUCCCUCCUCCUCCUCCUCCUCCAGACAGCCAGCAGGUCAUUUACUGCGACACCUUUCCCCCGCAGGCCGCGGUAGCCAACCAACCAUCAACACACCCCGAGGCCCAGGCACCGCUGGCCCACCCACAGCAAUGUCAAACAGUGAUUCAGCAGCAGAAGAGCCAAGCCAACGCAGGGAUGGAGUCCCCAAGAGACGGACAGAGACCGGUGACGGUCAAAGAGGAGAACUUGGACCAGGCUUACCUAGAUGACGGUGAGUUGAAUGAAAUCAUAAGAAAGGAUCUGACAGGCGUCCAGGCCAGAGGGCAGACAUAGACUUCAGAGCUGCGGGGAGAUUGGCGAUCCUGCACCUUGCACGGACAUACAGCAUGCGUGGACCACGACCUUUCAGCGGGUAGAUGCACUCAGCGACUAGACCCUCACUUAUUUGUUUCUUCACUUAUAUAUAUUAAAAAAAAGGGUUUUAGUUCCAGAAUUGUCACAGAAGUGCCUUGUCUUUUUUUUUUAAAGGUUCAAGCUCAAAAUGUGUCUCCUGAUGAUAAACAUUGAUUAAAGUCUUUGAAUAGUAACCUUACACCCUUUUGCCUUUUAUUACUGAGUGAAAUCUUUGUAGUACAUUGCACAAACAGCAUGCAUUUAUGCCAUAAGUGAAGCCCAAAUAUGAUGUUAAUAUUUUGUGAUCUUCAAACAGGGUGUAUAGUCUAUUUUUUGUGUGUAUUGUACCUGAAAAGACUGACCAAAGAACACACAUUCAUUUUUAAUUACAAUUAGCAAUUUUGAGACUAAUGCACACUGCCUUACGCAUGAAACAAUUUUGAUAUUGCAAUCCCCCCCCCCAUUAUGCAGUGUUUCAACAAAGGGGGGGACUGCAUUGUUCAUACUUAUAUGUUUAAUUUGUUUGAAACAUGUGCUGUUUUGCAGCCAUAUUUAAUCACAUCUAGGUGCCAACGUUUUCAAGAUUUAUAAUUGUGGAUUUUUGUGCACAAUCCUAUUUAAAGUCACUUAAAAACGUGUUUUUGUUUUUUUUAAAAGUCUGACUCAUGAGAGAAUUUGAAUGUUUACCUGUUUUAUGUAUCUUCAUAAUUCAGAUUGAUGAAUACUAAAUGACUCCUGAAGGAAUACUCAACAAAUUUUUGUUACACAGUUGAGAAAUGCGUUUUAAGAGCUCUGCAAUGACAAUCCUGCAACUUCAAACUGCCUAUGCAAAGCUGUCAUGCUUGCAAGACGAACGUUUGUUGCAUCUGCCGUCCUUAAGUAAAUUCAAAUUUACCAAAUGUGGAAUUUUACGUGUCUUAAUUACAAAGUGGGACUGAAAACAGCUAAAAACACCUCAAUAAAAAAGGCAAGAAUGAAUAAAGAUGAUAUUUUCCUAGGUUUAUAAGAAAAUGUUAAACUUUGUGAUAAUAUUCAAGGUCUUUUCUGAUCCUUUGAUUGAGCCAGUUCAGCACAAAUGCAAUUAUUGAAUGUAAUUUGUAUGAAAUACUUUCCCCUUUUUUGUAAAUAUGCAUAAUGUUAAUAAAGUUUACAUAUUUUUUUUUAUUUUUCAUGUAUCAUUAAAGUUUUGUGUAGAACUCUCAA